AUGAAGCGUCUCACUGAACUCAGUUCCUGCUCCCUCCUGGAAGUCAGCAGUCAGAGCUGGUUUUCAUUCCUGGGUGAAGUUUACCGAGGCACUAGGGACAUGUGGCGAGCCUACACUGACAUGAGGGAGGCCAACUGGAUAGGUGCAGACAAAUACUUCCAUGCUAGAGGGAACUAUGAUGCUGCCCGACGGGACCCUGGUUCUUGGUGGUGGAUUUCUUCCAUGUCUGUUUCUCCUCGUGAUGCAAGAGAGGGCAUUCAGAGUUUCACAGGCCACGGACAUGAGGAUUCCAGGACUGACCGGGAAGCCAAUGGAUGGGGUGGCAGUGGCAAAGAUCCCAAUCACUACAGACCCAAAGGCCUGCCAGAAAAAUACUGAGCAUCCUCCCUUCAGCCUCAGGAGGCUGUGCUGCAGACUCUGGGGA